AAAAGUCAAAUGAAUAUGAUUCUACUGCGCAUGUUGUCUAUGCUUUCUAUUGGAUAAUUAAUUUACCCAUGUGCCAAUGGUUUUAUACGCCGUAAAUUUGUAUAGUAUCUUUUUGAAUUAAACGUAUAAAUAUAAAAAUGACAAUUGCAAUUGGAUUUGAAGGUAGUGCAAAUAAGUUAGGCAUCGGAAUUAUUCGAGACCAAGAUGUUUUAUCAAAUGUACGGCAUACGUAUAUUACACCACCGGGCGAAGGAUUCCUACCUCGUGAAACUGCACUACAUCAUAGAGAGCAUAUCCUCAAGGUUUUACAAAAGGCAUUGGAUGAAGCUAAAAUAACAUUAAAAGAUGUGGAUGUAGUAUGUUAUACAAAAGGGCCAGGAAUGGGUGCACCGUUAACAGUUGCUGCAUUAGUAGCUAGAACUGUUGCUCAGAUAUAUGAUAAACCAAUGGUUGCAGUAAAUCAUUGUAUUGGUCAUAUAGAAAUGGGGCGAUUGAUCACAGGAAGUAUAAAUCCAACUGUUUUAUAUGUUUCUGGUGGAAAUACACAGAUUAUUGCAUAUUCUCGACAGAGAUAUCGUAUUUUUGGUGAAACAAUAGAUAUUGCUGUUGGAAACUGUUUAGAUCGUUUUGCAAGAUUAUUAAAGCUCUCAAAUGAUCCUAGUCCUGGUUAUAAUAUAGAACAGUUAGCAAAGAAAGGGACAAAAUUAGCUCCAUUACCUUAUGUAGUAAAAGGGAUGGAUGUGUCUUUCUCAGGAAUUUUAAGUUACAUUGAAGAACAUCUUCCCAGUUGGCUUGACUCGAAAGAAUUUACUCCAGAAGAUUUAUGUUUUUCUUUACAAGAAACAGUAUUUGCUAUGCUUAUUGAAAUUACUGAGAGAGCAAUGGCCCAUGUAAAAUCAUUAGAAGUAUUAAUUGUUGGUGGUGUAGGAUGUAAUGAAAGGUUGCAAGAGAUGAUGAAAGUGAUGUGUGAGGAAAGAAAUGCAGUACUUCAUGCCACAGAUGAACGCUUUUGUAUAGACAAUGGUGUAAUGAUCGCUGUGGCUGGAUUACUUCAAUAUAAAAGCCAAGGGCAUACUCCAUGGAUAGAAACAACUUGUGUACAACGAUAUAGAACAGAUGAUGUAUAUGUUUCCUGGAGAGAAUAACUUAAUUUUAUAUACACUUUCUUUCUUUGACUUUGUUUAGCUAUUAUCUGAAAUAUUUACUAUUACUGUUGUUAUAAAAUAGGAACCAAAAAUAUAUAUUGUAUACAGUAAUAAUUCAACAUUUUUAUUACCAUUUUGUAUCAUACAUAUGUAGUAUGUAAUAAACGUUAAAAUAAAUGUUAUGAUAUAGAAGUAGA